AUGAACAUCACCAAGCACAAUUUAUUUGUCCGCAAGAAUGCCCCUCUUCCCGGACAGAUUCAGGCUAUCUGGCGGUCUCCAAGACGUCAAUCAUCUCUGGUUUCCAGACAUUCAGAUGCCUCUUCGGUGGAAAGCCCAAAGCAACAGCCAUCGCAGCUUCACCGUAUCUCAACAGUAAAUCUGGUCCGAAACAUCGUCCUCGGCAAAGUAUUCACCUCUCCUUUUCUUUUCAAGUACGGCGUAGCAUGUCUAUCAAAGAUUGCAAACUCAAAAUCGGCAAUCUUGGACCCAGACAAGAAUGCACUGCUACGUGCCUUGAUCAAGCCAAUGAUAUACGACCAUUUCUGUGCUGGUACGAACAAGCUUGAGAUUAAGCGAACUCUUGACUAUCUCAAAACUAUGGGGUUCAAGGGUGUUAUUUUGAUUUACUCCAAAGAGAUACCUGCUAUGCCGGUAGAGGCAUUGAACGAUCCGGAGCCACUGAUACAAGAUGAAGAUAUCGACAGUUGGCGAGACGGCAAUGUAAAGACCUUGGACAUGGUCGAACCCGGCGAUUACGUUGGUAUCAAAUUCACAGGUGCAGGACCUCGAGUCGCCCAAGCACUCGCGCAAGACAGAGAUCCACCACAGCAACUCCUGGACGCCAUGUCCAUCAUCUGCGAACGCGCCGCCGCUCAAGGAAGUCGUCUAUGGAUCGACGCCGAACAACAAGUCUUUCAACCCACCAUCGACCGCUGGACCAUCGACUUAAUGCGUCGCUACAACACCCACAACCAAGCCCUCGUCUCCACAACCCUACAAGCCUAUCUCAAAUCCUCCAGAACCACCGUCAAGAAAAUGCUUCAGCAAUCCCACCGCGAAGGCUGGACCUUGGGCAUCAAACUCGUCCGAGGAGCCUACAUUGGCAGUGAAACUCGAAGCUUGAUCCACGACACAAAAACACAGACAGACGACUGCUAUAACAGUAUAGCCACAGACCUACUCAGUAAAUCCUUCCCCGGCUUUACCCCGCAAGACUUCCCUCCCAUCGAACUUUUCCUCGCGGGCCAUAACUCUGAAUCCAUACGUAAAGCCUACACCCUACACCAAAACCUCCUUCAAAACGGCGACACACCUCCCCCCAUCAAGUUCGGCCAACUGUUAGGUAUGGCAGACGACAUAAGUGGCGAAUUGUUGGCUAUGGGCGAUAGUUCUAGCCAAGCAACCGAGAACCCCGCAACAGCGCCCAUGGUGUAUAAAUGCAUGAAUUGGGGUAGUGUGAGGGAAUGCAUGCAUUACCUCGUACGAAGGGCAACAGAAAACCAAAGUGCGGCGAGUAGAAUGGAAAGUACAGUGGGAGUCAUGCAAAAGGAACUUCGUAGACGUAUUGGUUUCUAA